GGAUGCGGCGCGCGCGGCCGGCGCGGUCGGCUGUUCUGAGGCCGCGGCCGCGGAGGCAGCCAGGCAGCCAGCCAGCACCAACUGUUGAAGCGACGGCCAGCCGGCCAGUCGCCAGUGUUUGACCUCAAGCGCGGGAAUGGGAAUGGUGCCUCCAGCAUGACGAGCACCAACAACGGGACCCUCCACUUGGACUACGCCAAUGCGACGCUGCUGUCCAAUCUCACCAGGAUCGGCAAGGAGGGCGAAGGGAUGUACGUGCCGUACGAGGAGCGCGUCGAGACCUACCUGGUGCCCGUCGUCUUCAUCCUCAUCUUCGUGCUGGGCACCGUGGGCAACGGCACCCUCGUUUUCGUCUUCAUCCGCCACCGCGGCAUCCGCACCGUGCCCAACAUCUACAUCUUCAGCCUGGCCCUGGGGGACCUCCUCGUCAUCCUCACCAGUGUGCCCUUCACGUCCACGCUGUACACCGUGGACUCGUGGCCCUACGGCACCGCCGUGUGCAAGGUGUCCGAGGUGGCCAAGGACGUGAGCAUCGGCGUGUCCGUGUUCACGCUGACGGCGCUGAGCGGCGACCGCUACGUGGCCAUCGUCAGCCCGCUGCGCCGCCACAGCUCCAGCACGGCGCGCCGCCACACGUGCAUCAUGGCGGCCGCCAUCUGGAUCGCCGCCAUCGCCUUCGCCGUCCCGGACGCCGUCAUCGCCGAGGUGCAGGACCUGGAGCUGGACGACGGCCACAUUAUCCAGGUGUGCACCUGCUUCCCCACCAGCAUGGGCCGGACCUACCCCAAGGUGAUGGUGGUGGCGCGCUUCCUGGUGCUGUACCUGCUGCCGCUCGUCGUCAUCUCGGCCUUCUACGUGUGCAUCGCCUUCCACCUGUUCCUCAGCGUGACCAACCUCAACGCCACGGCCAUGGCGGGCCAGAACACGGCGGCGCAGAUCCGCGCCCGCAAGAAGGUGGCCAAGACCGUGCUGUCCUUCGUGGUCAUCUUCGUGAUCUGCUUCGCGCCGUACCACGGCGUCACGCUCUGGUUCUUCUUGUACCCCAACGCGCGCGAGGAGUACAACGGCUGGUGGCACGCGCUGCGCAUCGUGGGCUUCGUGCUCAGCUUCCUCAACUCGUGCGUCAACCCGGUGGCGCUGUACUUCGUGUCGGGCCAGUUCCGCAAAUACUUCAACAGGUACCUGUUCAACGUGCGCGGCCCCCGCGGCCUCGGCUCACGGCGCGGCAGCUCGCGGACGCGCGUCCACUUCCACUCCAUCAACACGGCCACGCAGCCGCCGGCCUCGGACCACGGCGCGCUGGACGACAGCCUGGUGCACGGCCUCGUCCACGACCUCGUCCACGACCUGGACGGGCCCCGCGGCCACGCCCUGCUCAAGGACAACGGCGACCGGCUGCUGCAGUCCGAGGCCCUGACCGCCGUCACCCACGCCACCGAGCAGUAGCGCCACCGCGGCGAGCACGCUGCAUGUUUACAGUGGAAGGUCGCUGGCACUGCCGGAUUCCUACGGCAAGAGUCGCCUCCUGA